AUGGACACUCGAUGUCCACCGUCGGUUAGUGACUGUGCUCUAGAACACGCCGCUGGCCACCUUCAGAGGAGGAGCCGCGCGAAACGGCCACAACACAAGUCCUCAGAUUUCGGCGAAAUGGCGCUAAUACUCCAAUAUAUAAAUGAUAUGCACGUAUUUAUGGAUAAACAUGGGGAUCCCCGGACUAAUCCAUGGUUCCUGAUGAGUUCUCCAUUUCCUACAUUAUUAAUCUGUCUUAGUUACGUUUUUCUAGUCAAGGUUUUAGGGCCCCGGUUUAUGGAAAAUAGAAAACCAUAUGAAUUAAAAAAUGUUUUAAUUGCCUACAACUUUUUGCAAGUAAUAUUCAGUGCAUGGUUAUUUUAUGAGAGCUUGAUGGGGGGCUGGCUGAAGCAUUACAGCUUAAGAUGCCAACCAGUUGACUACUCAGACAAUCCUGUAGCCACUAGAAUCGGGGCCGCUGGCUGGUUCACAGGCAGGUAUAACUUUCACUGUCAACCGGUCGACCACUCCAAACAUCCGCAAACAAUGAGGAUGGUACAUGCCUGUUGGUGGUAUUAUUUCUCAAAGUUCACGGAAUUCUUUGAUACGAUUUUCUUUGUCUUAAGAAAGAAAUUUGAUCAUGUGUCUACUCUCCAUGUCAUCCACCACGGUGUAAUGCCAAUGUCCGUGUGGUUCGGUGUCAAAUUCACACCAGGAGGCCACUCCACCUUCUUCGGGUUGCUUAAUACAUUUGUGCACAUUAUCAUGUACACAUAUUACAUGCUAGCAGCAAUGGGGCCUCAAAUGAGGAGAUUUUUAUGGUGGAAGAGAUACCUCACAACGCUACAAAUGGUGCAAUUCAUUGGCAUCAUGGUCCACGCAUUCCAGUUACUGUUCAUCGAUUGUGAUUAUCCACGUGCCUUCGUCUGGUGGAUCGGCAUGCACGCCGUUAUGUUCUUCUUCCUAUUCAAAGACUUCUACAACCAGUCAUACUCGAAACCCAAGGCACGGGCGAGGUCGCCGCAGCCGGUGACGACGGAGAUCAAGGAGGCGUACGCGAACGGGGCGCCGAGGAACGGCUACGCGAACGGGCACACGGGCGUCAACGGCACGGGCGCGUUCGCCCGCGCGCGCACCGUGCUGCCCGCCGGCAAC